AUGUUACACUCUUCAGUGCUCACAGUAUACUGUGUGAAAAAGCGCAUUGAGCAGCCUGUGAGCAAAAAAUACCGUCCCAGAAUCACGGAAGCAGAAAAGGUGGCUCUGUGUUCCGUCUCUGAUGGUACUGCAGUUUAUCUGAUUACUCUUAAAGGAGAUCAGAUCUCUAAACUACAGGAGGGAAAGACUUACAUUAUAGAAAACGCCACAGUGAAGGACGACCAUCCAGUCCCUAAAUUGAGCCUGGAGAAAAAAAAAUCACGGUUGUUCCGGACGGCUCCACUGCAGCUGGAUGAGAAAUUAAUCCGUAAAGCACAAGAGAGCAUCGAUCCUUCUACAGAGAGAGCAGCUCUGAAUGAUCCAGCACUGUACCUGAAAAAGGGCUACAUAACCCUGACAGGAGAAGUUGUUUCACCGAUUCAGACAGACAUCCGUGUGAAAGAUAUUACGAUCAAGGAGGCUGGUGACACAGUGACAGUAUAUCUUACGAAGAAGCCAGCAACUGUACCUUUUAAGACAGGCCAGAAGAUUGAGAUCUCUCACGUCAAAGUGAAGAAAAACAAGCUAUUUGGAAAAAAACUGAUGGCGUCUUACUACACAGUUAUUUCUGAUAGUGAAGGAAGCCAUAUAAAGGUUAAGGGAUAUGAUACAGACAACAAUAAAGUUCUUCUGACAGAGGAAUGGCAGGAACUGAGUGUCCCCUCCAGUGCCUGGCAUGAAGAUCCUGACCAGCUGCUACAAACACUGCCAGCAGAGUUGAAAAUAACCAGAUGGGACCAAGAGGUUACAAAAGUGGAAAAUGCUCCUUUUGAAAAAUCUUCAAUGCGCAGAGUACACUGUGUGGCAAAGCGCACUGUGCAGCGCGCAAGCAAAUAUGACUUUUACAGAAACUCUUUAAGAUUUAUCUGA